AUGUAUGUAUCUAUCUAUCUAUCUAUCUGUUUCAUAUCUAUCUAUCUAUCUUUUGGUCUGUUCCCAUCUAUCUAUCUAUCUAUCUGUUCAUAUCUAUCUAUCUGUUCAUAUCUAUCUAUCUAUAUCUGUUCUAUCUAUCUAUCUAUCUAUCUGUUCAUAUCUAUCUAUCUAUCUCUCUCUAUCUCUAUCUGUCUGUCUAUUAUCUAUCUAUCUAUCUCUCUCUCUCAUCUGUUUCAUAUCUAUCUAUCUAUCUAUAUAUAUAUAUAUCUAUAUAUCUAUCUCUCUAUUUUGGUCUGUUCACAUAUAUUUAUCUAUCUAAAUAUGUAUGUAUGUAUGUAUCUAUCUAUCUAUCUGUUCAUAUCUAUCUAUCUAUCUAUCUAUCUAUCUAUCUAUCUAUCUAUCUGUGUUCAUAUCUAUCUGUUCAUAUCUAUCUAUCUAUCUAUAUCUAUCUGUCUAUCUCAAUCUGUUCAUAUCUAUCUCUCUAUUUUGAACUUAUGUAUGUCUGUAUGUAUGUAUGUAUUUAUCUAUCUAUUCAUAUCUAUCUAUCUAUAUCUAUCUAUCUGUUCAUAUCUAUCUAUCUGUUCAUAUCUAUCUAUCUAUCUAUCUAUUUUGGUCUGUUCCCAUCUAUCUAUCUAUCUAUCUAUCUAUCUAUCUAUCUAUCUAUCUAUCUAUCUAUCUAUCUGUGUGUUCAUAUCUAUCUAUCUGUUCAUAUCUCUCUAUCUAUCUAUAUCUAGCUGUCUAUCUCAAUCUGUUCAUAUCUAUCUCUCUAUUUUGAUCUGUUCACAUAUAUUUAUCUAUCUAAAUAUGUAUGCAUGUAUGUAUGUAUAUAUGUAUGUAUGUAUGUAUCUAUCUAUCUGCUCAUAUCUAUCUAUCUAUCUAUCUAUCUAUCUAUCUAUCUAUUUCAGUCUGUUCCCAUAUUUUUAUCUAUCUAAAUAUGUAUUUAUUCAUGUAUGUAUAUAUGUAUGUAUGUAUGUAUCUAUCUAUCUCUCUACCUGUCUGUUCAUAUCUAUCUAUGUAUCUAUUUCAUAUGUAUGUAUGUAUGUAUUUAUCUAUCUAUUCAUAUCUAUCAAUCUGUCUCUUUCUCCCUCGGCCUUUCUUUUGUUUCUUCCUCAGUCUUUGUAUCCCCUUUCAGCUCCUCUCUUUCUUUAUUUGUCCCAACACAUGCACACACACACAGCACGCAUACGUAUAACACUUGCUUACACUUUCUCAGCAUCUCUGUCACGCAGCAAAUCAUGUGCACAACAGUACCACACACCUGUACAUUCACACGCAUAG